UAGUGAAAAAGCAAUUUGUCAUGGUCGUUGUUACAUCUAUAAAAUGAUACUAACAUAUUUUUAUACAAUAGUUCAAUAUAAUAACAGGUCAAGUAAAAAUAGUUAUACAUAUGUAUUUAUGUGCAUAUGUAUGUACGUCUUUGGCUUGAAGUGUAGAAUGUGAGAUGUACAUAUAACACAGCAAUCAGCAAAACUAUAGCCUUUGACAUCUAAGCCCGAUGUUUUAUACAUAUGUAUGUGUGUUAUGUUUUUAAGUAAAUUCGUGUUUGUAUGUAUAUUUGAAGUACAAAAUAUAUAUAUUUAAAAUGUUUUUCUUUAAUGUGUUUUGUCAUCUGAUUCAAAUUAAAGCAAAAAUAAUAAGUGUGUAGUGAAAAUUUUCAAAAUUUAUGCAAAGUAAUAAAAAAAAAAACAUGCCACUUUUUGGAAAAAAAGAUUCUGGCAAAAAAGCCAAAGCAAAGGAUACAAAGGAGAUGAAUAAACAAGUGUCAAUUGAAGAGAAAUACAAUCUGCAUGGACUUCUGGGAACUGGUGCAUUUUCGGAAGUGCGUUUAGCCGAGAGUAAAGAUCCGCCUGGAGAUCAUUAUGCAGUAAAAAUAAUAGACAAAAAAGCCCUUAAAGGGAAGGAGGAAUCUUUGGAAAACGAAAUUCGAGUUUUAAGAAGACUAACUCACCCAAACAUUGUGCAACUUCUGGAGACGUUUGAGGAUAAAUUGAAGGUGUACCUAGUAAUGGAACUGGUAACUGGAGGUGAACUAUUUGAUCGCAUUGUAGAGAAAGGAUCUUACACUGAAAAAGAUGCUUCUCACCUUGUAAGACAAAUACUAGAAGCCGUUGACUAUAUGCACGAGCAAGGUGUUGUCCAUCGUGAUUUAAAGCCGGAAAACUUACUUUACUAUAGUCCCGAUGAAGAUAGCAAAAUAAUGAUAAGCGAUUUUGGCUUAUCCAAAAUGGAGGAUUCUGGAAUUAUGGCGACCGCAUGUGGUACUCCUGGGUAUGUUGCACCAGAGGUAUUGGCCCAGAAACCUUAUGGAAAAGCCGUUGAUGUGUGGAGCAUUGGAGUAAUAUCAUACAUUCUUUUAUGUGGCUAUCCUCCUUUUUAUGACGAAAACGACGCUAAUCUUUUCGCUCAAAUUUUAAAAGGGGAAUUCGAAUUCGAUUCACCAUAUUGGGAUGAGAUAAGCGAAUCAGCCAAAAACUUUAUAAGAAAUUUAAUGUGUGUUGCAGUAGAGAAUCGAUUUACUUGCAAACAAGCUUUGGGGCAUCCUUGGAUUUCUGGAAAUGAAGCUAGUAACAAAAAUAUUCAUGGAACUGUUUCGGAGCAAUUAAAAAAGAACUUUGCGAAAUCUCGUUGGAAGCAAGCUUACUACGCGGCAACUGUAAUUCGACAAAUGCAGAAAAUGGCGCUUAGCAGCAACAGCAGUGCGAAUUUUGAUCCAAUCAGUAAUAUAAGCAGCAACGCUAGCAAUAAAAACAAAAUAGCAUCCGGACCUUCUAUUUCGACAACUUCACUAACACAUGAUUCUGCACAAAGUAGUACAAAAAAUAUCAGCAGUUCAGCUCGAAGCAAUAUUAACGGAGCAUCAAAUUAGCACAAGUUAUAAUAAUUUUUUUUAAUUUUUGUGGUCUUAAAUACCGUAUCUCGUUUUACCAUUGGUCUAUAUAUUAGUCUCUAAUAAAGCCAAUCGGUUCUUUGAACCUAGGGUGAUAAUCUUUUAUUAUACCGAUUCUCUGUUCCAUUUCCUUAAAUAUAUUUAAAUACAUAAAACUAUGGCAAGUA